UUACUGAACAGGACGAUACGUGUAGACCAUGUGGAAGGAUACAGACAACCCAAGGAACAUGGAGACGAGGAUGAGGCAACACAAAAACUCCGGGCGGAGGGAUGUGCACCGCAACUGUCCGAGGAUGAAGAAGAAGACGAGGAAGACGAUCUCAUUUUAUCAAUGAAGAAAGAAAAAAAAGAAAAACACAAGAAAUCGAAGAAAAAGAAAGAGAAGAAAAAGAAGAAAGAGAAGAGCACAAAGCCAGUCUCUAGUGACAGUGGUGGAGAGUCAAUGGAUAAUGACAAGAAAAAUGUGAAAGUUAAAACAGAAAAAGUGGAUCGUGGGUACGAUAAGGCUUUAGCUGACAGUGGCUGGAGGUGGAGCCAAAGAGACGGAGCUCCAUCUAGUGGCAACAGGACAAGCAAUGGCACAAGUGAGAGCAGAUAUAAUGAUAGAGGGAGACUGGGGGACAUGGGGCCAUGGGAUAGAGAGAUAAAGGGUGGAGAUGAAAGGGAGAGGGGUAAGAGGGAUAGAGAGAUGGAUGUAGGAAGGCAGCAGACAAACAGAGAGGAUCAGUUUAUAAAUAAUAGAGACAGAAGCAGUGACAGGGGGAGGGUCCACGGCAGGGUCCAAGGCAGGGAGGACUUGGGAAGGGAGCGGGGUAGAAACGAGAGGAUGGAUGGGAGGGGAGGGGAUAGAAACAGAUAUGAUGAACGAGAACGGGGAAGGGACGAUGUUAGGAAAAGGGAUAGAAGUGACAACCGCCAGGCAGACAACAGGAAACAAUUUCACGAGGAUGAGGAGCGACACAGAUCAAAGGACAGGUACCGUAACAGUGGGGAGGAGUACAGAAGGCCCAGGAAUAGAUAAGGAUGGGUGUAAUGUUAGUGUGUACAAUACUGUAAACAUUGGGCUGUGUUCAUUCUACAUGUUCACAAGAAGCAUGUUACAUGUUGGUGAAGUUUUGUGAGCUCUGAUACCGACACAUUUGUUAGGUACACAAUUAUACCUGUUGGGGAAAAAAUUAAUGCAGACACAUAAACAGCAUGAAAUUUACAUAAGAAGUCUCUAUAUUUAAAUCUCUAUGGUAACAAAGGUGUGUAGGUUUACACUCCCUGGUAACAGAGGUCUGUAGGUUUACACUCCCUAGUAACAGAGGUGUGUAUGUUUACACUCCCUGGUAACAGGUGUGUAGGUUUACACUCUCCGGUAACAGAGGUCUGUAGGUUUACACUCCCUAGUAACAGGAGGUGUGUAUGUUUACACUCCCUGGUAACAGGUGUGUAGGUUUACACUCUCCGGUAACAGAGGUGCGUAGGUUUACACUCCCUAGUAACAGGAGGUGUGUAUGUUUACACUCCCUGGUAACAGGUGUGUAGGUUUACACUCUCCGGUAACAGAGGUGCGUACGUUUACACUCCCUAGUAACAGGAGGUGUGUAGGUUUACACUCCCUGGUAACAGAGGUGCGUACGUUUACACCCCCUGGUAACAGAGGUGCGUACGUUUACACACCCUGGCAACAGAGGUGUGUAUGUUUACACACCCUGGCAACAGAGGUGUGUAUGUUUACACUCCCUGGUAACAGAGGUGUGUAUGUUUACACUCCCUGGUAACAGAGGUGCGUACGUUUACACCCCCUGGUAACAGAGGUGCGUACGUUUACACACCCUGGUAACAGAGGUGCAUACGUUUACACUCUCUGGCAACAGAAUGUGUACUUGUGUACUACGACAAGGCAGCAAAAUGGAAACACUUUAUACUUUACUACAGUGUGACUGUGUUUUUGAGGAAUCAGUGUUAAUACAGUGUGACUGUGUUUUUGAGGAAUCAGUGUUAAGAAAGCAAGGUAAAUGGUUGUGUGUAUAAUUAGUUAUGAUGUAUGAAUCUCGUAUGAAUGACCAUGUUUGACUGUUAUUUUUACAAGUGAUAUGUUUAUUUGAAAUAGCAUAAAUAAAACACGAAGGAUCAUAAUUUUCAUUAAAAAGAUUUACUGA